AUGGAGGGUCUAAUCCAGAUGCCUUACGACGCUACAGUCAAGCUCAUGUUGUCUUCCUUGGAGCGCAAUCUGCUGCCGGAUGCCGUCGUCCGGCGCCUCACCCGCCUUCUUCUCGGGGUUCGCCUUCGUUGGGGUUACAAGGCUUCUGCAGAGCUCCAGCUCUCCCAGCUCCUCCAAUUCGUGCAUUCUCUGAAGGAGAUGCCUAUUGCUGUCCAGACAGAGAAGCCGAAAGAACAGCACUACGAAGUCCCGACCUCCUUCUUCCGCCUCGCGCUGGGGAAGCACCUCAAGUACAGUUGCUGCUAUUUCUCUGACAAGGGAAGUACACUGGAGGAUGCUGAGGCGGCAAUGCUGGAACUGUACUGCGAGAGGUCGGAGCUGAAAGAUGGACAGACAGUGCUUGAUAUCGGGUGCGGUUGGGGUUCGCUCGUCCUCUACAUUGCAUCCAAGUACAGUAACUGUAAGGUCACUGGGAUCUGCAAUUCCACGACUCAGAAAGCGUUCAUCGAGGACCAAUGUCGGGAUCGCCAGUUGCAGAAUGUAGAGAUACAUGUUGCUGAUAUUAGCAAGUUUGAAAUGGAGGCUUCCUUUGAUCGAAUAUACUCGAUCGAGAUGUUUGAGCAUAUGAAGAACUACAGAGAUCUGCUGGGAAAGAUAUCCAAGUGGAUGAAACAAGAUGGCCGCCUUUUCGUUCAUCACUUCUGCCACAAGGUGUUUCCAUAUCAUUUUGAGGACAAUCAAGAGGAGGAUUGGCUAGCUAGGUACUUCUUCAGUGGAGGCACAAUGCCUUCUGCUAAUCUCUUGCUCUAUUUCCAGGAUGAUGUCUCAGUUGUAGAUCAGUGGCUUGUGAAUGGAAAUCAUUAUGCACAGACAAGUGAGGAGUGGCUGAAAAGGAUGGACAAGAACAUGGGUUCCAUCAAGCCGAUAAUGGAGUCCACCUACGGCAAGGAUCAGGCUGUGAAGUGGACUGUCUACUGGCGAACGUUCUUCAUGGCAGUGGCAGAGCUCUUUAGGUACAACAAUGGCGAAGAAUGGCUGGUGGCGCUUUACCUAUUCAAGAAGAAAUGA